AUGGAUGGUCAUCAGUAUCGUGCGAUGGAGUUCACGAAUUUUGAGUCGCAGUUUGAGCAAAUCAUCUCAAAGUCGGCAAUCAACACGAAAUUCGAAGCGCAUCAGAGACGCGCACGUGAAAUUGUGGCCGCAAUGCGCGCGAAUAUCGAGAUCGUCAACAAUGUGGCGGCGAAAAAACGCGAGUCACUGGAGGAGGAAUUGCGUUCGAAAGAAGAAAUAUUUAAGCAGUGUUAUAGUAACUGGAAGGAAUUUGAGAGGAACGCAAUCGUGGAGGUGAAGCGAUUGAGGGCUGAGGUGCAUCUAAAAGUGUCAGCAGAUUUCUACGAAGAAAUUUAUCGCCUGGAAGCGAUAAUCGAUAAAUUUGAUUAUAAAUUUGUUGACGAGCCGAGAUUUAUUAAGGAUUAUAAAAAGGUUUUGUUUUUAUUAUUGUUUGUUAUAGUUUUUUAUUAUUGUUGUUGUUUAUUUAUUGUUGUUGUAUAUUGUUAUUCAUUAUCGUUUUAUAUAUUACUAUUAUUAUUGUGUUAUUAUUUAGAGUAA